AUGGCCUCCGGACUCAUUUUCGAUCCCCUUCAGCUACUCCGCGUUGCGCCAUUAGCUACCAGCACAGGAAGUCUUGUCCAUGCCCUGGUCGAGCUGUUCUCCAACUCGGCCUUCCUCCAUCCGUCUAUCCGGAAAUCCUCCGAUGCUGUCCUGCCGAAAUGGUACGCGUAUAUCUUCAAUCGCCAGAUCGUCUCCGUCCUUGCGCUUAAUCUAGCCACCAUCUCCGCCGGUGUAUCGAAUAUUCUGUUGAGUCGGUCGCGCAGCGCCCUGCCCCUGUCACGCACCACGUUCUACUGGGCCGGCGUUGCGGGUGCGGUGGCGCAUCUAUUCUUUGUGCCGUUUGUGGCGCCUCGGAUUCAACGUAUAGUCGAGGACAGCAACGAGAAUGGGGCAACGGUGGAGAUGGAGGAGUGGCUGGGAUUUCAUCGGAUCAGGAUGUUAGUUGCAGAUCUACCGGCGUGGUUGGCCUUUGCAGGAGCUGUCAUGUUCUGGAACGACAUGGCAGCCGGUUUGAGAUUUCAAAAUAAAGACUCCAGCUUGGAGUGGGGUGAGUCUGGACAGAAAUGUAUCGACGUGGGCUGUGCUCUGGCCCGACAUAUCCCACGCGGUCUGCUCUUGAUGGGGAAGCCGGGCUAUUUCAGAUUCGCGAUCGACAAUCCUAGUACUGAGCUGUUCAAGCCACCGAGUCAAAGACGAAUGAAGAUUGAGCUUGACGGGCCGCUUUCUUCCAAGCGUCGAGCCGGUCCCCGCGGAGACUGGUUGGCGUCCGUUGGCGCUGACCUGAAUGGAGCCCAGAUUGCUCAUGGGCUAUCCGCACACUGGUAUCUGUAUCUGUCACUUGUGAGCGCUCAAUCACCCAAGAUGGCUUCUAAUCGUCUGAUGGUCCUGAUGGAACAGGCGAGACAAGCUGCCACAUUUGAUCCGAUUAAAUUGACACAGAUAAUCUAUGAUGGAGAAGAGAAUGUGUCCUGCCGACGAGCGGCCUUCCAACGCGUCGAAUCGGCUCUGGAGCUGACAGAUGAUAUGAAGCUACCAAACAUCUACUCCGGACUGGACCGGACGGGACUGUAUCUGGAAGGGGUUCGUCGGGGGCGUGCAAUCAUCGAUGAUAUGAUCCUAUAUAAUCAUAAACAAUUUGAGAAUCUGACAGAGCGAUAUCAGCUCACCAACUCCACUCCAUUUGGCCUGAGCUUCCUCAUGUUUCGCAGAACAAUUGAGCUUCAGGGGACACUGGAACAGAAGGAACAUUGGCUCCCCCUGAUCGACCAGAUGAAGGUCAAUGGCUGCUACGUGCAGACGGAGCUGGGCCAUGGAAGUCACGUCCGUGGGAUCGAAACCACGGCCACAUUCGACCCGGACACAGACGAAUUUGUCAUUCACUCCCCUACCCUUACAGCGACCAAAUACUGGCCUGGCGGGCUGGGGCUCAGCUGCUCGCACGCGGUGGUGGCAGCGAAAUUGCUUAUCCGAGACAAAGACCAAGGUAUGCAUUGGUUCGUGGUGCAGAUCCGCUCCUUGGACGACUUCGCUCCGGCGCCUGGUAUCGAACUGGGGGAUGUGGGAAUAAAGAUGGCGUAUAACGGAACCUGUAACGGAUAUGCACGCUUCGAUCAUAUGCGAGUCCCACGCAGCAGUCUUUUGGCUGCACAUGCCCAGGUGCUCUCCGACGGGUCAUAUAUCCGGUCUGAUGAUAACGGUCAGCAUUUCUCGAAGCAGGUCUACUCCACCAUGCUCCAAGUACGACGGGUGAUCAUUGAAUGGGCAGCAUUUGGACUGGCACAGCCACUGACCGUGGCGACGCGAUACGCAGUGGUGCGGGAGCAGGGGGUACCAAUGUUCUCUGAUCCCAGAGCACCCGAGGUCGCGAUUGUGGCUUACAAGUCGCAGCACUACCGUCUACUGACGCUGGUCUCCCAAGCAUAUGCCACGCUCUUUGCUUUCAAAGAGUUCGAUGACAAGUUCUCGGACUUUCAGCGAGAGAAAUCGCAAGGCAACCUUGGUCGACUUCCGUUCAUCCAUGCGCUCAGUACAGGAUUCAAAGCUUGGGCAACAAAUACUGCAGCUGCGGGAGCCGAAGAAGCGCGCAAAAUGUGUGGAGGGCAGGGAUAUGUGGCUCUGUCUGGACUCCCCGAGAUGGUGGCGACUGCCUGUGUCACGGCAACUUUCGAGGGGGAAAACUACGUGAUGUGGCAGCAGUUGAUGCGAUAUCUGUUCAAACAGAUCAACGUAAUGCAAGCCGGAGGGAUAGUUGAUUCGGAUAUGAUAGAGUGCCUGCGCGAGUUCAAGCAAUACCUUCAAAGUGACGCAGAGUGUUCCUAUCUCAAGACGAUCACGGCAAACCAACUCUUAGCGCCGUCUACUCUUCGGUCCAUAUUUCAACAUCACUAUCACAGACUCCUCGCCGGUGCAUAUACUGCGUAUACCCAAAAAGCGCAGGUAUCCUCUGCCGCAGAGGCGUGGAAUUCUUGUCUGAUGCGCCUUCUGCCCGCGGCACAUGCAUAUACAGAAUACUUCGUCCUGCAGUCUAUGCAACGGCGGGUGGAGAUGAUCCGGACAUCUGAGCCCAGCCUAUUUCCCGUCCUGUCCCGACUGUCUGAGUUGUUUGCGUUGACAAACAUCACUAGCUCCGUCUCCUCGUUCCACGUCAUUCCCUUUGCGGAAGACGGGGUAUUAACCUCGAAUCAGUUCGAUGAAAUGCGGAUGCGCAUUGAUGAAAUCCUCUCUGAGCUUCUCCCUGAUCUCAUCGCCCUUACAGAUGCAUGGGAUUUCACUGAUGCCAGUCUGAACAGCGCAUUGGGGUGUCGAGAUGGAAAUGUAUAUGAGCGGUUGAUGAGCUGGACCAGACAGCUGCCCGUCAAUACGCAAGAUUUGGCAAAGCAUGCUUGGGGGAUGCGAGGUGGCAUUCAAGACUUUCUCAAGAGAGAACUACAAAGGCCCAAAGCCAUGCUGUAA